AUGGACCUAGACCUCCACGACCCCGACAACGACGCGCUCACGCGUUUCCCCAUCCCUCAACUCGCCGAAGACCUCAGCAACUACUACGCCUGGCAACACGCGCUCUACUUUCAUCUGCGCUACCACGGCGUCUUUUAUUUCAUCACCGGCCACGAACAAAGCCGCUGGGACUUGCGCUGGCAAUGUGGUGACGACGACGACGGGAAUCCGAAUCCGCCCACCAAGCACGACCGCAAGAACUACCAGCGUCGCAACAUGCAUGCCUACGCGAUCCUGUUUUCGAAAAUCGGAAAUAUCGUCCCGGCACUCCUGGCGGCUGGUUGGGAUGGCGAUAAGGAUUCGUUUGGGUUUCGGACGGAUUUGUUGUGGAAUCGAGUCCAGGAGCUGAGGCAGCGGGAGCAGCAGGACAGGGACAGGGACAGGGACAGGGCAGCUUCGCAUCUGGGUACCAAUCAUUCCAUGUCGUCGCGCGCGAUCAGUUUGACGGAUGAUGAGUAG